UUGGCUUCACACUCCACAAAAGUGCAUUUAGGGACGCCGUAGCGUUAAGAUAUGGAAGGCAACCAGCAAACAUACCAUUGACAUGUGCCUGCGGAAAGGAGUUACCGUGGAACACAUUCUAUCAUGCGCAAAAGGCGGAUUCCCCUCAAUCCGACACAAUGAGAUUCGGGAUGUGUCCACCCAAUUGAUGUCAGAAGUGUGCUACAAUGUCUCGAUCGAACCCGACUUACAACCCAUCACUGGUGAACCAUCCUCUGGUGCCGCCUCUGCCAUAACAACUGAUGGAGCUCGUCUUGACAUCACUGCGAACGGCUUUUGGGGAAGCCGCUUUGAGAAAACAUACUUUGAUGUUCAAGUGUUUAAUCCAUACGCUCCUUCAAAUCGAAUGUCCUCACUAUCUGCCACGUAUAGAAAGCAUGAAAAUAUCAAAAAAAGAGCUUACGAACAAAGAGUACGAGAAGUGGAGCACAGCUCCUUUACCCCAAUCGUUCUGUCACUCACUGGAGGCCUGGGCAAUGCUGCCUUCACUUGCUACAAAAGACUGGCAUCACUACUCUCGGUAGCCUCGAUUCCAAGCCCGCCAACAGUAAAUACCAGGCCCACUAUUCAAGGGGCUGGAGUCGAGGCUAUACUCUCGGUAAAACGGGACCAACACUACAACACAACCAUGAGUUGGUUAAGAUGCUGGCUCCCUUUCUCCCUACUACGUUCCUCAAUUGUGUGCAUUAGGGGUGCAAGAUCGUCUCGAGGUCACCUAUUAAAUUGGACGUGCUGCCAUGGACCUAGUAGCCCAAGAAUCAAAUCUGCUCAUUCUCACCUAUGCACUUUGAAUUUUUAACUUUGCUUAAUAUGUUUACACUUCUACCUUUUGCUCAUAAAGAGACUGUCCUGUACAACAACAAAAAA